AUGGUGCUGAAGACGCAGCUCUGCCGCUUCAGCGGCUUGCGCAUUUACCCGGGUCGUGGGACCAUCUUCGUGCGGACGGAUGGCCAGGUCUACACCUUCCUGAGCAAGAAGUGCAAGCGGCUGCACAACCAGAAGAAGAGGCCCGCGAAAAUCGCAUGGACCGUCGCGUAUCGGAGGGCGCACAAGAAGGACCAGACGAACGCGGUCACGCGCCGCAAGCGCAGGGGCACCGGCAAGGCUGCUCACCGCGCCAUCGUCGGAGCGUCGAUCGAGGUCCUUCGGGCCAAGCGGAACGAGAAGUCGGAGGACAGGAAGGCUGCUCGUGACAAGGCCAUCCAGGAAAUCAAGCAGCGGAAGGCGAAGGGCGGAAAGAAGUGA